AUGUCUGCCCGCAGCUCGACCUCCUCCACCACCUUCCUCAUCCCCGCUGUCUUCAGCACCUGGAGCGCAGCCCAGGAGCGCGACCUCGAGGCCCAAAGUCUUCGCAGCUUCGACCACGUCCACGUCGGGCUGCCCACUCCUCCUGCUGCCCUCACACACACCACUCGGGCUCGCUCCUCCCUUGAGGACGGCACGAACCCCAUCGACGACUUCUUCGGCGUCGCCUCGCCGUCCUACAUCCCACGCGGCACGCUGGACAGCCGUCACGACGCGGUGUCUCUGCCUGCCCACGUCGACGACGCGCCGCCGCCAUACUCGUAUUCGUCCGAGCCGCCUGCGUACAUGCGGUACGCGGAGCACCCGACUCUCGCGAUGUACCUGUUCAAGUUUGGUUUCUUGUUCCCGCUCUUCUGGAUUGCCGGUGCCUUCAUUCUCAUCUCGCCUUUGCGCGCACCGGAGGAUUGGGAGCUCACCAAGACCGAGGGGGAGCGGGAGGAGCUCAUCCAAUCCAUGCGACGCACAGAGAUGAAGUGGGCCAAGCGUUGCCUCAUUGCCUUCUCCGUCCUCGCCCUCAUCGUCACCGCUAUCGUCGUGAUCGCGGUCCUCGUCAUGAAGUCGUGA